GUUAGUUUCAUGGUAUUAUUUAUUUGUGUUCUCUGUGUUUUUAUAUCUCAGGAGUGUUUUAAUGCUGAUUGCUGAGGAAGCUUUUUAUCUGGUGAAUGAUCUUUACUGGAAACUGCUUCACUUCCUCUUCUACGUGUUAAAACUGGACAGAUAUUUAUAGAUCUCAGUAACUAAAAGUCUGUUGGUGCAGCAGAGAACCAGGUCCAGAAGAAGGAAACUCUCCUUGAUAAACUGGGAUCUGAAAGUAUUUCUAACACUUUGUAUGACAGUUUUCCAACAUAAAUGAAGAGUUUGACGUGUCAGAGAUCAACUGUAGACGUGGUCAGAGCAACAACAUUUGGAUUUAUUAUCAGAGGUGGAAUACAACGAGGAAAGAAGGAAAGAGGAAACACAACUUUUCAGUUUUCUGUCUAAGGACUUUUUCAGAGUUCACUUCUGUGGACAAAGAACCUGAAUGAAGAUGAAUCUGAACUUGUGUGUGCCUUUGACUUUUCUUAUUUCCUGAGCUCUCGGUCAGUGUUGCUGCUUUUCCUCUCAGACUGACUGAAGUCCACGAGAUGAGUGAUUCUAAGGAGGAGGAGGAGGAGGAGUUUCCAGCCUCCAGCCGUCUGUCCAUGAAGAGUGACUGGUCCAAAAAUGAUCCUCCAGACUUCAGUAAAGAACCUGAACCCUCAGACACAAAAGUGAUGAAGAGGAGGGGAGUUUGUGUGGAGGAGCAGCCGUCCAGCUGUGCUUCCUGUCAGGACGUCCUGAAGGAUCCAGUCUCUAGCAGCUGUGGACACUGGUUCUGCAGACAGUGCAUCAGCUCAUACUGGGACCAGUCUGCUCCAUCAGGACACUCCUCCUGUCCCCAGUGUGGAAAAAGAUCCAGAACCAGCAGCUGUGGACAAAGUGUUGGUCUGCAGGAGGUUCUGCAGGAACAUAAGAUGAGUCUGAGGAGGAGAUGUGAACAUGCGACUGAAGGAAGUGAUGAAGCAGGAGGUGGAACCCUCCUGAACAGGAUCUACACUGAGCUCUACAUCACAGAGGGACACAGUGGAGAGGCUGAUGUCCAACAUGAGGUGGUGCAUCUGGAGACAGCUUCCAAGAAGAGCCUCCAUGACACUCCCAUCAGGUGCCAGGACAUCUUCAAAGCCUUACCUGAGCAGCAGAGAGCCAUCAGAGUGGUCCUGACCAACGGUGUGGCUGGUAUUGGAAAAACCUUCUCAGUGCUAAAGUUCACUCUGGACUGGGCAGAGGGUGGAGAAAACCAAGACGUCAGUGUGGUGGUGGUGCUUCCGUUCAGGGAGCUGAACUUGAUCAGAGAUGAGCAGCACAGUCUCCUCAUGCUGCUCCAUGUUUUCCAUCCAACAUUACAGAAGGUGACAGCAGAGCAGCUGGCUGUCUGUAAACUUGUGUUCAUCUUUGACGGUCGGGAUGAAAGCAGACUUUCACUGGAUUUCACCAACAGGAAGGUUGUGUCUGACGUCAGCCAGAAGUCAUCGCUGGACGUUCUGCUGGUGAACCUCAUGGAGGGGAAUCUGCUUCCUUCGGCUCUGGUCUGGAUCACUUCCCGCCCUGCAGCAGCCAAUCAGAUCCCUCCUAAACAUGUGGACAGAUUAACAGAAGUAUGAAGCUUUACUGACAGUCAGAAGGAGGAGUACUUCAGGAGGAGGUUCAGUGAUGAAGAGCGCUCCAGCACAAUCAUCUCCCACAUGAAGACAUCCAGGAACCUCCACCUCAUGUGUCGACUCCCAGUGUUCUGCUGGAUCACUGCUACAGUUCUGGAGCACAUGUUGACCACAGAGCAGAGAGGAGAGCUGCCCAAGACCCUGACUGACAUGUUCUCACACUUCCUGCUGGUUCAGACACAGAGGAAGAAGAACAUGUACCAUGAGGGACAUGAGACGAGUCCACAGGAGCUGAUGGAGGCUGACAGAGAAGUUCUUCUGAAGCUGGGGAGGCUGGCCUUUGAACAUCUGGAGAAAGGAAACAUCAUGUUCUACCAAGAAGACCUGGAGCAGUGUGGUCUGGAUGUGACAGAGGCCUCUGUGUUGUCAGGAGUUUGUACACAUAUCUUCAGAAGAGAGUGUGUGAUGUUCCAGAAACCAGUCUACUGCUUUGUUCAUCUGAGCAUUCAGGAGUUUCUGGCUGCAGUCUACAUGUUCCACUGUUACACCAACAGGAACACUGAGGUUCUGGAGAAGUUCCUGGGAGAAGAGAGGAAUGAUCUUUAUGUUGAUGAUGAUGAUGAUGAUGAUGAUGAUGAUGAUGAUGAUGAUGAUGAUGAUGAUGAUGAUGAUGAUGAUGAUGAUGAUGAUGAUGAUAACACAGACAUCUCAUCCCUGGAUGUGUUCCUGGACAGAGUCAUGCAGAAAUCCCUGAGAAGUAGAAAUGGUCACCUGGACCUGUUUGUUCGCUUCCUUCAUGGCCUCUGUCUGGAGUCCAACCAGAGACUCUUAGGAGGUCUGCUGGGUCGGACAGAGAACCGUCCAGGAAUGAUCCAGAGAGUCAUCAACAACCUGAAGGAGAUGAACAGUUAUUAUGUAUCUCCAGACAGAAGCAUCAACAUCUUCCACUGUCUGAUGGAGAUGAAGGAUCUCUCAGUACAUCAGGAGAUCCAAGAGUUCCUGCAGUCAGAGAACAGAUCAGAGAAGGAACUCUCUGAGAUCCACUGCUCAGCUCUGGCCUACAUGCUGCAGAUGUCAGAGGAGGUUCUGGAUGAGUUGGACCUGGGCAAGUACAGAACAUCAUGGAAGGGACAACUGAGACUGAUUCCAGCUGUGAGGAACUGCAGAAAGGCUGGGAUUACCACAGACCUGACUGUGAACACCGUUGACACCCACCUGAGGGAGACGCUGCCUAAGAUCUCAAGGCUGCUUGGUCGUGGUCUUUCUGGUCCUGCUCCAGAACGUCUUCAUCAACUACGUCUUCUUUUGAAGAGGCCCUCAGAUGCUGCAAUCUCUGACCUUCAGGAGGAACUGCUACUUUCACUCUGUAACGAGACGGUGGUUAUUUUAAAGACCCAGCUCCUGGCAGCUUUGAGUGAAAGUUUAACAUCCAUCAAAACAGAACUACAGACAAUUAAAUCUGAGCUGUCGGUCAGUAUUUCAAACAUCAAGUCCGACCCAGCUGUCCUAAAGCACGCUGUGGGUGAAACGGAAACUUCACUCUCCACAUCACCGACAACAUCGUCACACUUCAAAGCAGAGCAUCUGUCUGCUGAACUUUUAAAAGUGGACAAUAAAUGUGAAGAAUGUGAGCAGCAGCAGCCUGUGAGCAGCGGAACAGAUGUGAUCAGAAAGAAGUCAUUUUCUUUUUUCUUUUCUUUCUGGUUGACUUGAUGCUGUCAGAUGCAGAUGUUGGAGCUGAUUCUGAUCUUUCAGGAUAAAAAGCUGCUUUUCCUUCACAGACUUUUCAGGAAAUUAUUCUCUCAGGUUUUCUCUAUUUAUAUUUUUAUUAUCUGUGGUUAUUUCAUUAUUGUAAAAUAAAGUUUGAGGCAUAAAGACUCA